AUGAGUUACAAUCUGUACAGUUCAAUCAUAUUAAUAGCGCAUUUCUAUUAUGGACUCAGUGAAACAUUGUUAGCAGAUCGAAGCGUCUCAUGCACCGCUACGUCGAUGGACGUCUCAUUAACAUUUGUUAAAGAUUUUUCUGGAGGAGUUUUCACCGAAAAAGGAAUUGGUGAUGAACGGUGCAGGUGGCGAGGCAAAGGCGACAGGAGUAUGGUAGUUCACAUUCCCCUAUCAAAUGGCUCUGAAUGUGGUCUCAGAGCUAAUGAGAGUGGCGGUGAAUAUAACCUGAAACUUAUAAUAAGCCCAGUGGAUGGAAUACUAGUUGAUGGUUUCACUGCCAUGAGCGUUCGAUGUAUGUAUAGUACGCAAGACAUCACACUGACAUUACCACCUGGGCCAAAUGGGGCUCCAGCAUUGCAGAUCAAUAGCCCUCAGCGUGACGAGGGUGUAAUCACUGGUAAUGGAGCUGCUCCACUCCUCUCCAUGCAAAUCUUAGAUGGUCAUGGAACGAAUGGACCUCCAUUGACAAAAGCAAGUGUUGGUCAAAGGAUAACGUUGGAUUUGUCAUUAAAGAACACGGCCAUCUAUGACUUCUAUGUUCACUCUUGCUAUGCACAUGAUGGAUCAAACACUCCCGAUGCAAGCAUAAACAUCAUCGAUAGCAAUGGCUGCGCGGUACGGCUCAGCCGUGCAGUCGACGUUCCAGCUUUUGCUACAGAACCAGUCAAUCACGGGCCCAAGCACGUCUACCUCCAUAUGUACGGUUUUCAGUUUACUUCAUCACAAUUUGUUCAUUUCGAAUGUCAAGUAAAGCCCUGCAUUCAUUCAUGUCGUCGACAACAAUGUGAACCCGAGACAACAUCGACAAAAGUGCCGAUGGUCCCAGCAUUACGUCGGCGGCGGGAAGAAACAGAACGGACUGGGAAUCUGACCACACUCAGGAUGCAAACCGUUUUGCAGAUUGAGCCUCAGCAAGUGCAGCGGGCUGCGCUUGUGUCAGCUCAGCGAAACCUUGAUCAGUGCGUGAGUGCAAACGAAGUGCUCUUCAUCGUCUUGCUGAUUGCCGGUGCUGUGAGCGCUCUGGCUAUACUUCUCUGUUUCGUCUGCUCACCAGUAAAACAACAAACCAUGGCAGAUGAUUCUGCUUACAGUGUUGCACGUGUCUUUCAACAAUGAUCUUCAGUAAUAAAUGUGC